CUACAGUUGCAUUUGAAGUACUUUUCUAGUCCUAUAGAUGACUCAGAGUUUCCCCUAUAGGGACACUGCAUGUGAAGUGGACAAGUCGGGAAUCGAACAAUCGACCCUACAAUUAGUGGAUGUACCGCCUCUGAUGAUUUAACAUAGGGCUGUAAAAUAAACCGCUCAAUUGUUCACCGCUUUUCUGUUGUGAUUACAGUGUAGUUAUGGAAUUGAAAUGAAUUUCAUGAUAAAGUUUAUGAAUUCAUUUUCAUGACCUACAUUGACAAAUGAGACUGUUGCUGCAUUGUAAUCACUCGACGUGUACUGCGGAAUUUAUAUAAUUUUAAAAGUAUUUUCUGUGUGAACAAAAUAUCCAAACUGUAAUUUACAGGCAGUUAAACUACAGUCGUGCAAUCAGGUUUAACAUGAGGCCUGAAGAAUGUAAGUGCGUCAGCGUGUGUGUGUGUGUGUGUGUGUGUGUGUGUGUGUGUGUGUGUUGCCCCCCCCUCCCUAAUUUUAGACCCCGUGCGACCCUUAAGCCCGUGUGGUCUGACAGAACAUUGGUCGAGCAGCUCCGCCCCCCCACAGCUCAGCUCGACCAAUAAGAUUAGAGCUCUGUGUACCGUAGAAGAAUCAGGUGUCAAAACAUUGUAGAAAAAUUGACUCUGACAGUUUGCGAGAAGUGGUGUACAAUAUUUUAAAAAGGACAGAAAAGUUGGUGGAACAGGAGUUGUAAAGAAGGAAGAAGUAGGUGUUGUGUCUCAGAUUCUUGUUGCGUCAUGGCUCGGGGCCUAAAUCAGUGUGAGUGACGCCUGGACGUUGAUCGAUUGCCGCUGACCGCCUCAGGGUCGCUCUACCUCGUCACCAACAUGUGUUCAAGUUCUGUGAACAGGACUUUGAGACACUACUGCAGAAUGAGGCACCUCAUGAACCUCCUGAGGAAACGCCCUCGUCCGGCCAAAGCCUCGCUCUGCCUGCACCUCUACAGAUAUUCACUGCUGUCACCACCUCAUCUGCCCAGAUUUACAGGAAAUGCCACUUUUACAAGUCUGAACCACAGUGACCCAGGCUCUUCUGCCUCGUACCACUGCAAACAUCCCCGGCUUGUGUGUUUUUACUCGUCCUCCAAUAGGGAUGUGUUCAAAGCCGAAGCUCCCGUUGGGAUCGUUGAGGAGACCCGGAACAGUUUUCAUUGGAAUUCCCUUGGUCAAUCAUUUAAUCAACUGUCCGGACACAUUAACAGUUACUUCAAGAGAAAGCACGUUUUACCUCUUGCUGAAAAUGCCAGCCUUGAUGCCGCAGCUCCAGAGUUUCUUGGCAGGUCGCAGAGGCGAAGUCUAAGUCAGCGAGGAGGAGCCGCAGAGAAAAGUGAAUCUGAGGGCAAAGACGCUCACCAGGUCCAGGAACGCAAAGACCGACCGGAGAGCUCGGCAACCAGUCCUUCAAGCCGGGAAACGUCUGGACUGCAGUUAUUUCACAUCAGCUCUUUGGCAACGAGAUUUGGCGAGAGCUACAGUUACGUCACUAAUCACAUUAACACAGUCUUUUCCCAGGGUCCUGCAAAAGUUGAAUUGCAGGAGAAUGUGCAAACCCUGUCUUCCGCCAGAGGCACGCACAGAAGGCAGAAGAGAAGGAAAAUGACAAACACUUGUGGAAUGAGCUCUGAGCAAGAGAAACCGAGAGCUGAGCAGGCAACAGUGGAACCUCAGGAUCCGUCUAUCAGCAGCUGGGAGGAGGGCUACCUUCACUUUGCGGGACACAUCAAUAAAUACUUUGGUGCUAAAGUUUCAGAUGAAGUCCAGAGCAGGAGAGAGGAGCGUCCUCUGCAAAAGACGAGCACUGACAGUUCAACACAGUCUACCGCACAAACUCAACGUGCUACGUCACAAGUGAAGCACGACGAACCGGAGACUCGAGGUCUUUUCCACAGCAGCCAUUUUGUGACUAAUUUUGCAGAGAACUAUUUCCAAACGGCCGGUCACAUCAAUCAGUACUUCAAUGGUCCAAGUGAACUGGACAGAGACGAAGACACCGAUAGGAAUCUUCCAACCGUUGACCCCGGGUCUGAGACCUCGGAGAGACUCACAAAGACUGUGACCUUUGUGGAUUUCCUUCGCCACCCGACAACUGCCAUCCCGGACCUGCUGGGAUCUUUCCUGAAACUGGGCCCCUUUACCCAGACGAGUCAAACCAAACCUGCCAUGACAUCAUCACAGGCCAUGUUGAAUAAAAAGCUUGUGUUGAGCCGGAGGCAGGCGGAGGAAAUCACACGAGGGUUGAUCGUCAGUCUGGGACAGGCUUCGUCUCCGGCAGCUCUGGUCGCCUGCGUGGAGACGCUCAACGAGCACCUCAUCCGUCACCCGUCAUGCAACGCUGUCAUAUGGCAGGAGAAAACUGCCGUCGCCCUGCUGAAGAAGCGUCGAACCUACAGAGACGACCGAGCGCUUCAGGACGCGCUGAGAGAAACCUUGGCUCUCAUUGGCUACGUGGAUCCGGUCAAAGGUCGCGGCAUUCGAGUGCUCUCAAUUGAUGGUGGUGGCACGAGAGGAGUGGUGCCUCUGCAAGUGUUAAAGCUACUGGAAGAUGAGACGGGCAGAGAGAUCCACCAGCUGUUUGACUACAUCUGUGGCGUGAGCACAGGUGCUGUUCUCGCCUUCAUGCUGGGUCUGGCCCGGUUCUCUCUGGAGGAGUGUGCCGACAUGUAUCAUCGGUUUGGCUCUGAAGUGUUCCGUCAGAACCCGCUGGUCGGCACCAUGAAGAUGGGCUGGAGUCACUCCUACUAUAGCACAGAGACGUGGGAAACAAUAUUACGAGAAAAGAUGGGAAACAGAGUUCUUAUUAAAACAGCCAGAGAUGAGUUGAGUCCCAAGGUGUCGGCAGUGAGUGCCGUGGUGAACUGGGGCACCAGUCCGAAGGCCUUCGUCUUCCGGAACUACAACCACAAACCUGGUUCCCUCAGCCGCUACGCAGGAGGCUCAGGCUACCAGAUGUGGCAGGCGGUCCGAGCGUCUUCCGCUGCGCCAGGAUACUUCCAGGAGUUCCCCCUUCAAAGUGAUAUUCACCAGGUAGGAAACGACAGUCGUUUCUGAUACAUUUAUUUAUUGUUUUGUUUACAACAGAUGGAAUAAAAAUGUAAUGAAUAUACAAAAGUUAUUUUGGGUGGUGAAGUAGGAGGAAUGACAGGUUUCACUUCAUAAACCUGCUCUUCAUCAGUCUUUAUAUGAAAUCCAAAAAAGACCGGAACUUUCAAACUUUCAAACAGUCUUUUAUCAUGAAUACAAAAGUACAGACAUGUUCCUAAGAUUUAUCCUAUAACGUACAACAAGUACACCAAAAUCUUGGUUCUACUGCAGUUACUAAUAUUAAUAUGUAUAACAUUGAAGUUGAGCAGAUUUAUUAUGAAGGGAACAAAGGAGUUUGUACAUCUAGUGUGCUUGUUAUAGGCUGCUCUAAAUCUCCUGCCUGAAGGAAAGUUUCAAACUCACAGUGCAGUCUGAUAUAGACCUCGCCUUACGGAGGACCAAGAGAACCAUCUGUUUUCACACAGGGGCAAGUACUUAUAUCUGUACUUGGUGUCAGCAAUUACCCAAAUGUAAGUACUUGUACUUGAUUGGCACAUCUCAGUACUACACCUAAGUUUCAUCUUUUGAAUAAAGUUUCUACACCGAAUGAUCCACCGAACAAACCAAACAAUCCCUCCAAGAAUCUUUCUUUGAACAGGAUUUAGAAACAGGUCUGAAGCCUGUGUUCAGUGCUGCGAGUGGGGCAGCACCUCUGUUGAAAUUUGAAUGUCAGAUUUUGAUUAAACAAGCAGAAAUGAAAUCCUCAAGAUCACUUCAAAGGCCACUUCACAGGCAUUCCAUGGUGACAUCAUCAGAUCUAUUAUGUAUGUGGUGCUGCAGCUCUCCAGUGAAAUCGUUUCAAACUUUUCAGCAUGAAACAAGAGACAAAACAUAAAGACUUAAGAUUGGAUCAGACAAGAUCUUUUCAGUGAACAACUUUAACUUUACACAUCAAGGUUGUUUAGAACCUAAUUCCUCCGCCACCACAUUAUACACCAUGCCGCCAAGAAGCAAAAUCCCUCAAUUAGUCAAAGGUUGGAAAAGGGACAUCUCAAAAGAAGUUCCACAGUCUGCCACUCCUCAGGCACUGGGGACGAAAGACAGUCGGCAAAAUCACAGCCAAAACACAUUUCAAUCGGGCUCUGAGAGAGACCGGGUAUUACAGAACCCCAGAACCGACAUCAUAAACCAGAGGGCUAAGCAGAACGCCCAUCUACAAAGGAUUGCAGGGAAGCCAAGUAAAAUUCCUCGAUUGGUCAGAGGUUUGAACAGGGACCUCUCAAAAGAAGGCCCACCGUCUGCCACCCCUCAGAAGUUGGUGAGAAAAGACUGUCAGCAAGACAACAGUCAGAACACAUUUCGUCCGGGCUCUCAGACAGACCGGAUGCUACAGAACCCCAGGAGUUUUGGCACAAAGCCGAAGGCUACGCAGGACGUCCAUCUCCAAAGGACGUCGGAGGUGCUGCAGCUACAAAGGGAGAAAAACAAGACUCUCCAAGAAGAACUUGGCAGAGUCAGAGCUUCAUGCCAAGAGGACAAACAAAGGUAUGAAGCUGGAGUCCUCACAAUGACGCAGCAGGUUAAAGACCUUCAGGAAGCGCUUGACAUGGAAAUCAAAUCUCGUGCAGGGAGAGAGUCACAGGACAAGAUCUGGUUGCAAAAGCUGAGGGCUGAGCAGGACACUGAGCACCAGGUGGAGAGGAAGAACAAACAGAUUCUCCAAGAAGAACUGGACACAGUCAGAGCCUCAUACCAAAAGGACAAACAAAGGUAUGAAGCUCGAGUCCUCACAAUGACACCGCAGGUUAAAGACCUUCAGGAAGCGCUUGACUUGGAAAUCAAAUCUUGUGCCAAGAGAGAGUCACAAGACAAGAUCUUGUUGCAAAAGCUGAGGGCUGAACAGGACGCUGAGCGCCAGGUGGAGAGGAAGAAAAAACAAAUUCUCCAAGAAGAGCUGGACAGAGUCAGAGCUUCAUGCCAAGAGGACAGACAAAGGUAUGACGGCCUUCAGCAAGCGCAUGACAUCGAAAUCAAGUCUUGUGCAGAGAGAGAGUCACAAGACAAGAUCUGGUUGCAAAAGCUGAGGGCCGAGCUCCAGGUGGAGAAAGAGGACAAACAGAUUCUCCAAGAAGAACUGGACAGAGUCAGAGCCUUACACCAAAAGGACAAACAAAAGUAUGAAGCUGGAGUCCUCACAAUGACGCAGCACGUUAAAUAUAUUCAGGAUGAGUUUGACAAGCUGCAGUUCCUCACGGAUAUAGAGAACCCCAUUAAGAAAAAGGCUUCAACCCUGAAGGAAGUCCAACACUUACUGGGACUGAGAAAACCUCAGAGAUGGACGACGCCAAACGAGCCGGCAGUGGCCAACAGGACAAUGUCACAGCCAGAUGGUGACGGAUUGAUUCCCAGUCACGAGCCAUCAUGAAUGUGAUCAUUGUCUCCUGAGGCAUUGUGGGUUUUCUUUUGGUGCUCUGGUUUCUCCCAUUAAAAAAACAAACAAAAAAAACUUUCAAAUUGAGAUAUCAGCUUGAAGUACUUUUCUGUAGGUUUUUGAAGUUAUACGGAUUUAUUCCCAUUUAUAUAUUUGUAUACAUUUGAAAAAUGAAAAAUAAAAAUUUCUUGCAUAUA